GGGUUUCAAAUUUAGUUACUCUGCUUUCAAGGUUUCGUUUUUGAAGUUCAAUAUAGACUUUCUACUUGUUGUAAACUCUCUUCAACCCUCAUUGAAGAACACUUUCGCCGUCUUUCGCGUUUCUCUAUCAACAGUAUGGGUUCCGCGAAGAGGAAGUUCUCUGUAGGUCUUUCUGAAGUCUCUAGUCCUCCAUCCAAGCAAUUGAAGGAAGAUGAUAUGCUCAUUACAGAUGAUUCUGUCGCCUGUGUGCAUGAUGUGUCAUACCCAGAUGGAUAUAUUCCUUCUUCGAAGUCUAAAUUGGCUCAGGAAGACCUAAAACCGGCCAAAGAAUUCCCAUUUAUACUCGACCCUUUUCAGUCAGAAGCAAUUAAGUGUCUUGACAAAGCUGAAUCCGUCAUGGUAUCAGCUCACACAUCAGCAGGGAAAACUGUUGUUGCACUAUAUGCAAUAGCAAUGUCAUUGAAGAAUAAACAACGUGUAAUAUAUACUUCACCGAUUAAGGCUCUUAGUAAUCAGAAAUAUAGAGAAUUUAAAGAAGAGUUUUCAGAUGUGGGUUUGAUGACAGGAGAUGUUACUAUUGAACCAAAUGCUUCUUGCUUGGUUAUGACAACUGAAAUUUGGCGUAGUAUGUUGUAUAAAGGAUCAGAGGUUAUUCGGGAAGUUGCUUGGGUUGUUUUUGAUGAAGUACAUUAUAUGCGUGAUAGGGAAAGGGGUGUUGUAUGGGAAGAGAGUAUUGUUAUGGCACCGAAGAAUUGUCGUUUUGUAUUUCUUUCGGCAACAGUUCCAAAUGCUAAGGAGUUUGCAGAUUGGGUUGCAAAGGUUCAUCAGCAACCCUGCCACAUUGUUUACACUGACUACAGGCCAACACCUCUGCAGCAUUAUCUAUUUCCUUCUGGGGGUGAUGGCCUAUACUUGGUGGUUGAUGAAAAGGGAAAAUUUCGUGAAGACAGUUUUCAGAAGGCUUUGAAUGCUCUUGUUCCAGCUAAAGAAAACGAGAAGAAAAAGGAAAAUGGUAAAUGGCAGAAAGGUCUUGUUAUUGGUAAAACUGGGGAAGAUAGUGAUAUUUUUAAGAUGGUGAAAAUGAUUGUUUUGCGUCAGUACGAUCCUGUGAUAUUGUUCAGCUUUAGCAAGAGGGAGUGUGAAUUUCUUGCGAUGCAGAUGGCAAAAUUAGAUUUAAAUCAGGAUGAUGAGAAAGACAAUACAGAAACUAUAUUUUGGAGUGCUAUGGACAUGCUAUCUGAUGAUGAUAAAAAGCUUCCCCAGGUCUCAAAUAUGCUGCCACUUUUGAAGCGUGGAAUAGGGGUGCAUCAUUCCGGUUUGCUCCCAAUACUUAAGGAAGUCAUUGAGAUACUUUUCCAGGAAGGGCUCAUCAAGUGUUUGUUUGCCACUGAAACCUUCAGCAUAGGCCUGAACAUGCCUGCAAGAACGGUUGUUUUUACGAAUGUGCGUAAAUUUGACGGUGAUAAAUUUAGAUGGCUGUCAAGUGGAGAGUAUAUACAAAUGAGUGGCCGAGCUGGUCGUCGUGGUAUUGAUUCACGGGGAAUAUGCAUUCUUAUGGUGGAUGAAAAGCUAGAACCUUCAACAACAAAAAUGAUGGUCAAAGGAAGUGCUGAUGCUUUAAACAGUGCAUUCCAUCUGAGCUACAACAUGCUUCUAAAUCAGCUGCGUUGUGAAGAUGGGGAUCCUGAGAAUUUGCUCCGGAAUUCAUUCUAUCAAUUUCAGGCUGAUCGAGCUAUUCCUGACCUUCAGAAACAAGUGAAGGACCUUGAGAAUGAGAAAGAUUCAAUUUUGAUUGAAGAGGAAGAAAGUUUGGAAGAUUAUUACUCUUUAAUUCAACAAUAUAAAGGUCUGAAGAAGGAUGUAAGAGAGAUUGUAUAUGCUCCGAGAUACUGUUUACCAUUCUUGCAGCCUGGAAGGCUUGCGUGCAUUAAAUGCACAGUUGAUGAAACAUCCUCAUCCUUUUCCAUUGAAGACGAGGUCACAUGGGGAGUAAUAAUCAAUUUUGAGAAAGUUAAGAGUAUUUCUGAAGAUGACGGAAAUAGAAAACCAGAAGAUGCAAACUACACUGUUGACAUUCUCACAAGGUGUUUUGUUCAUAAAGAUGAAGCUAAAAAGAAGACAAUUACGAUCAUUCCCUUUAAGGCGCCUGGGGAAGCUGUUGUUGUUUCUGUUCCUCUCUCUCAGAUUUACAGUAUAAGCAGCAUCCGGGUUCACAUACCAAAAGAUCUUUUGCAUUCAGAAGCUCGGGAAAACACUUUAAAGAAGGUGUUAGAGGUACACUCCAGAUUUGCUAAAGAAAUUCCGGUCUUGGAUCCUAAGGAAGAAAUUAAAGUUGAGGGUGCGUCAUACAACAAAGCAGUUCGUCGGAUAGAGGCUUUGGAGCACCUUUUUGAAAAACAUAAAGUUGCAAAAUCUCCUAUAAUCGAACAAAAACUCAAGAUCCUUCACCAAAAGAAAGAACUGAAAGCCAGGAUCAAAACAAUUAAGAAAUCAAUCCGUUCAUCUACUGUUUUGGCUUUCAAAGAUGAACUUAAAGCCAGGAAACGAGUUUUAAGGAGACUUGGAUAUAUUACAAGAGAUGAUGUUGUAGAGUUGAAGGGGAAGGUUGCAUGUGAAAUCAGCAGUGCAGAUGAAUUGGUUCUUACAGAACUUAUGUUUAAUGGAGUUCUAAAGGAUGUUAAGGUAGAAGAAAUGGUGUCUCUUCUCUCUUGUUUUGUCUGGCGAGAGAAGCUUAAAGAUGCCCCGAAGCCUAGGGAUGAUCUUGAAUCCCUAUUUGCUCAAUUGCAAGACACCGCAAAGAGGGUUGCUACAGUCCAGCUUGAAUGCAAGGUUGAAAUCGACAUUGAAAAUUUUGCAAGUUCAUUCCGUCCUGAUAUAAUGGAGGCUGUUUAUGCUUGGACAAAAGGAUCAAAAUUCUACGAGAUUAUGGAAAUCAGUCAAGUGUUUGAAGGAAGCUUGAUCAGGGCUAUAAGGAGAUUGGAAGAAGUCCUUCAGCAACUAAUAGAAGCAGCAAAAUCCAUUGGUGAAAAGGAGCUCGAGUCAAAAUUUGAAGAAGCUGUUUCCAAAAUCAAAAGGGAUAUCGUUUUCGCCGCAUCCCUUUACUUGUAAACACCACUCAAAAGGGGAAAUUCAUUCAUUCUAAUUCAAAACAGUUAUCACCUCAAUUUGAAGCAUGCAGAGCCCGAGAAGAUAGAACACACUCCGCAUUUGAAGGCAAAUAACUGUCUUCUUUUUUGUGAAUUAUUUAUUGGUGUAGUGACAAUCAAUUUUGGAAUUAAUAGAGAGACAAUUUAAUCAUUCA